AAACGUCAGUUUUAGUAUCUGUGAUCUGUGGGUAGAUUGCUGAUUGCUCACAUGGUGCAAUUGUUCGAAAAUAUAUAUUGUUUUCGGAAAUAGCUAUCUGUCGAUAUGGCUGCAGUGAAAAAAGAUGAAGAAAUACCUAAAGAUGAAGUAGUCGAAAAUGGAGAAGAUGAUGACAUAGAGGCUGUAGAGGAGGAAACAAAAGAUCCCGCCAAGAAGAAGAAAAAGAAAAAAAAGAAGAAGAAGACAGAAGGUGAUGCAAAUGCAGAUAAUGACACUGAAGUAGUUGAAACCAUAGAACAAGUGCAGUCAGUGGUGGAAGAUGGAGGUGAUGGCGAUGAAAAAAAAAAGAAAAAGAAGAAAAACAAGAGCAAAGCUGGAAAAGGUGCAGUGAAGGAACAAACCAACCCGCCUACUAUUCCUAUUGCAGAACUUUAUCCCAAUGGCAAUUUCCCUGAGGGUCAGAUCAUGGAACAUGGUCCUGCUGAAGGAGUGGAUGAGAGAACUGCCAAAGAUCGAUUUUCAAGUGAGGAGAAGAGAGCUCUUGAUAGACUCCAUCAAGACAUCUAUCAAGAAAUAAGACAUGCUGCUGAGGCUCACAGACAGACUCGUAAAUACAUGCGAGAAUGGAUUAAACCAGGCAUGUCAAUGAUUCAAAUAUGUGAAGAGCUGGAGUCUACUGCAAGACGCCUCAUCGGUGAAAAUGGUUUAAAAGCUGGAUUGGCUUUCCCAACUGGAUGCAGUCGCAAUCACUGUGCUGCCCAUUAUACUCCUAACACAGGUGACACGACAGUCCUCGAAUAUGACGACGUGGUGAAGAUAGAUUUCGGCACACAUAUCAACGGGCGCAUAAUCGACUGCGCCUUCACUCUGCACUUCAACCCGCGUUACGAUCCGCUCGUCAAGGGUGUGCAAGAGGCCACCGAGGCUGGCAUUAAAGCUUCUGGAGUCGAUGUCCGACUCUGUGAUGUCGGAGCUGCCGUACAAGAAGUGAUGGAAUCGCACGAAGUUGAAUUGGACGGUCAAAUAUACCAGGUGAAACCUAUCCGCAAUCUAAAUGGGCAUUCUAUUGGGCCAUACAGAAUCCACGCUGGCAAAACCGUGCCGAUAGUAAAAGGAGGUGAAACAACUCGUAUGGAGGAAAACGAAUUUUACGCUAUUGAAACAUUCGGGUCCACCGGGCGCGGACAGGUUCACGACGACAUGGACUGUUCACACUACAUGAAGAACUUUGAUCAGCAAUUUGUGCCUUUAAGAUUACAGUCAUCAAAGCAACUGCUGAACGUAAUCAACAAGAACUUCGGUACAUUGGCAUUCUGCAAGCGCUGGCUGGAGCGGGCCGGCGCGUCGCGCUACGCCAUGGCGCUGAAGGACCUGUGCGACAAGGGCGUGGUGGACGCCUACCCGCCGCUGUGCGACGCGCGCGGCAGCUACACGGCGCAGUUCGAACACACCAUCCUGCUGCGUCCCACCUGCAAGGAGGUCGUGUCGCGCGGCGACGACUACUAGCUACCGGACUCACCACACACACACACUAUACUUACAAUUGUCAUCAACAUGUACCAUAAGUCCCUCCUCAAUUUUUUGUUAUCAAGGUGACAAUUAUUGCAAUAUUUUAACGCUUUUAAACACUUGUGAAGUUGUGUUAUUCCACCCUACUGGUUUUAUAGGCGAGUCACGUCUCAAACCACAUUAUUUGUGACAGGGGUCUGAAUUAAUUAUAAUUAAGUAUAUGUUAUUUGUGGCUAAUCCCAGGCGACAGAGUAUUCAUUAGGGAUGAAACUGAUAUUGGCUUAUAUUAGUCCGCUUACCGGAUAUCUAUCAGAUUAAGAUUUUUACUAAUAAAGUAAAAUAAUAAAAUAAGUUAUUUAAAUGUACACAAUCUUGAAAAAUAUUUGAUACACACUGUAUGUAAACAUUCAACAUUAAUCAACAGCUUUCUAUCUUCCAAAAAAAGAAAUUUAAGCUCGCCUCAUUCAGCAAUAACAGUUUAUUGCAGUAAAUUAUAAUUUCUAAAACAUGGCUCACUCAGAGUUCAGACCUGUGGCCUGUAGGAAAACGUGGUACAACAACUAGGGCACUCUAGUUUAUUUCCGUCCCAUUAUGUGGUUAGGGGGCGAGCCUAUUGCCACAUCGGGCAUAAUUCAGACUAGUCCCGGACAGUUUGACGUUUUUAUAGAAUCUAUAAACCUCCGCAAAUUUUGUUCGCCCGAUUUGACCAGACCCAGGACCUUAUUGAUUAUCUGGAGCCUUAAUACAAGGGUACUGGACCAAUGAAGCAAGUAAAAAAUGUUUUCUUUUUACUAACCUUUUUUUAUAUAAAAUGUUAUAUAAAUGUAAUACCUACAAUAGUAUGUAUUCACGUGUUAAUAACAUCAUUUGCAAUAAAGUUCUUUAUCAUAUUUUGA